CACAGUUGUGGAAUUCAUGAUCAGCAGUUCUGAUGGAAAGGUGUCCAAACUAGCCUCAGCCUAUACAGACGAGAGAGUGACUGGAAGUAUGCAAGUGGUGGACUGGAGUAAACAUAAGCACAAGUGGAAGCAUCUGAAAGGUAUCAAGUUCCCUCAGGUUGGACCAAGACCAAUUGUUGAUCUUCUAAUUGCUGUGGACCAUGCAGACUUACUGUACUCGUUGGAGGAUCUCAGGGUAAAGGCAGGAGAGCCCAUAGCAAGACUGACUCCGCUUGGCUGGACGUGUAUUGGGAACCGAGAAAUCCCCAUGGAAGAAGUUCAGACAAAUCUUACAUUUUUUCUGAAUGACAUGCAUGAAUUGAACAGUCUUGUCUGCCAUUACUGGGACAUUGAUGAACCUAAAGAAACUCUGGUUGUCAGACCAGAUGAGAAGCUUGCAAGGGACACUGUUGCUAAGUCCUUGACCUUCACUGAUGGCCACUAUGUUGUUGGCAUGCCUUGGAAACAGGAUCGACCAUCGUUACCUGACAAUUACAGCAUGGCCUUGAGUCGUCUACAGUGUACUGAGAAGAAAUUGAAGCGGUCCCCAGAACUCGGUGAAGUCUACAAAGAAGUACUGCAGACCUAUCAAGAGAAGGGAUACAUCCACAAAGUCCCACAUGAAGAGGUCAAGCCUGAUUAACUUUGGUACCUGCCCCAUUUCCCAGUCUUGAAGCCUGACAAACCGACCACCAAGACUCGUAUUGUGUUUGACGCGUCAGCGAAAUUCAGUGACGUAUCUCUGAAUGACAUUGUACUCCAAGGGCCUAAACUCCAGAAAGACUUGUUUGCGGUACUAUUGAGAUUUCGCCGCAAUCCUGUGGCCCUAAUGUGCGACAUUCAGGAAUGUACCUGCAGAUUAAGCUAAGACCUGAAGAUCAGCCUUAUCAUCGCUUCUUGUGGCGAGACUUGCAGUCUGACCGAGAACCUGACGUCUUUGAGUUUGACAGAGUUGUAUUCGGAGUGAACUCGUCCCCAUUCCAAGCACAGUUUGUUGCUCAAGAACAUGCCAGACAACGCCAGUCAGAACUUCCCCUAGCGGGGAAACUGUUUUGGAAAGCACGUACAUGGAUGACAGCAUGGACUCCGUUCCUGAUGUCAAGACCGGUGUAGAGUUGUACAGCCAGCUGUCAAGGUUAUGGGACUCUGCUGGGAUGCAUGCCCGGAAAUGGCUAUCAAACGUGCCAGACGUUUUACUGUCCAAUCCAGCUUCAGAUUGUGCGACCGAAGUCGACCUCG